AUGGCAGAACAUGGAGCACACCUGACAUCUGGUGGUGUCAGUGACACAAAGAAGCCAAGCGUUUUUGAAGUGUUGGCCCAAGAAAGUCUUCAGUCUACAGUAAGACCUGCAAUACGACAUGCAGUCAGGGUCUUAUCUGAGAGGUAUCCUGAGCAUUUAGGACGAUUGUUUCGGCACUUUGAUGAAAUUUUCCUUGUGUUUGACACAGUAGUGCAGUCGUACUAUCUCAAAAAAUAUGGUGGAUCCUUUGCAGAAAACUUCUAUGAUUUGAAACGAGCUCCCUCUGGCAGACCAGAUCAACCCCUUCUAUCAAAACACAGGCUUGCAUCUCUUGCUUGUUUGGUAUUGAUUCCAUACAUGAGACACAAGUUGGACAGCUAUUAUGAAUCCCUUAAGUACGCAGAGGAACUGACGACAAAUAGUAGAUCAUUUCUGCAGCAAAAUAUGAAUAUGAAACGGAGGGUGAUAAGACUGUAUUUAUUCCUAUAUCCAUACAUUCAUUCACUCUGGGAAUGUUUAACCCUGGCGUACACAUUGUCGUACAUGCUGGGGAAGAGCCGGUGGCACAGUCCCAGCCUGCAUCUGUCCGGCACAGAACUUUUCACCACUCGGUUACUGCAUCUUGUCAAGAUGAUACUAAACACAGCAGCUGUGUGUCUAUCCACGAGUUUGUCUGUUGGUAUGUUUUUCCUCCAAUUCCUGGACUGGUGGUAUGCUAGUGACAGUAGCGCCACCUCCCUCACGGCGCUGCCAGUGCCUCUGCCUCCUCUGAAGGAGCACCUGAAGAACGUCAACCAUACUUUAUGUCCAUUGUGUUUACGCUUUAGAACAAACAGCACAGCACUGGCUGUAUCUGG